GGAAAGGCUCUCUACGACCGUGUGCGCUCCAAGUCUCGCUCCAGGAAGGAACGCUCUCGCUCUCGCUCCUCCAGCCGGGACAGCUAUGUGCCCUCUCGACGUGGAAACCGCCGCUCCUACAGCCGAGGCCGUGACUAGCGGCCCCAGGCGGUGCGGCCGCCGGUGCCUUAACAGCACCGAACCGUGGAGGAGAGAGUCGUGAUCGAAAGCGGGAUUCUAGUUCGGAUUCCGAAUCUUCGACCGACAUGGAGGAAAGGCGCAAGAAACUUAGAGCUGCCAACCAACCUUACCCUACCUCCUACGCGGACGCGAAUCCUUAUGGUGCUGUACCGCCGCCUCCGAUGGGCGCGCCGCGGUAUUAGCCUGCGACAAAACCCCCUUUUUCUGGGGGGGGCAAAAAAUUUACUUUCUUUCUGGGUUCUGAGGGAGGGUGUGGACACACUUUGUUUCUGCGGAGGAGCGGAGGGGUCAGAUGUAUGGUUGUAUACCUCUCUUGGUUAUGCUUUCAAUUUCCCAUCUUUCGGUGCUAGAGAAAUGCGAGUAUGGUUUUCUUCUCUCUCCUUUUCUUUUCCCAUGACGAUGGCAUUUUAUCUUUUGGAGGAUGGAGAAAGUGGCAUAUUUGGUAAUGCGGAAGGGGGGGGUUAGCGAGGCUUCUGGCUCGCCAAUGACGGAUAACGAUUUACGAACGAUAGAGAAAUGAAUGAUUACGGUCCUUUU